AUGUCAGAAUCUGAGGAGAACGGAGAUGGGCCCCCCAAGGAGCUGCCGUCCUUUGCCAAGGCCAUGGGGCAGCCCCUGGGGUGGCCAGUGGGCGAGGGGCCUGGGGGGCUGGCGGGCGGGGGGACGCCCCCAGGCCCCCGCCAUCGGCGCCCACCCCACGCCAAGCACAAGGGCCAGGGCUCGGGAGGAGUCCCGCGCUCCCCCCGUGCCCUCUUCUGCCUCCGCCUCAACAACCCCAUCCGCCGCGCCGCCAUCAGCAUUGUUGAGUGGAAGCCCUUCGACAUCCUCAUCCUUGUCACCAUCUUCGCCAACUGUGUGGCUCUGGGUGUCUACAUCCCCUUCCCCGAGGAUGACUCCAACGCCGCCAACCACAACCUGGAGCAGGUGGAGUACGUCUUCCUCAUCAUCUUCACGGUGGAGACCUUUCUGAAGAUCAUUGCCUACGGGCUGGUACUGCACCCCAGCGCCUACAUCCGCAAUGGCUGGAACCUGCUCGACUUUGUCAUCGUCGUCGUGGGGCUCUUCAGCGUGAUCCUGGAGCAGGCCUCGCACAAGCCCGGCGAGGCCCACCACAUGAGCGGCAAGCCGGGUGGCUUCGACGUCAAGGCCCUGCGCGCCUUCCGGGUGCUCCGGCCCCUCCGCCUCGUCUCUGGCGUGCCCAGCCUGCACAUCGUCCUCAACUCCAUCAUGAAGGCUAUGGUGCCGCUGCUCCACAUCGCCCUGCUCGUCCUCUUUGUCAUCAUCAUCUACGCUAUCAUCGGCCUCGAGCUCUUCAUCGGCCGCAUGCACAAGACCUGCUUCUUCAUUGGCUCUGACCUGGAGUCGGAGGACGACCCGUCGCCUUGCGCCUUUUCGGGGCACGGCCGGGCCUGCGUGCAGAACAACACGGAGUGCCGGGGCCGCUGGGAGGGCCCCAACGGUGGCAUCACCAACUUCGACAACUUUUUCUUCGCCAUGCUCACCGUCUUCCAGUGCAUCACCAUGGAGGGCUGGACUGACGUGCUCUACUGGAUGCAGGAUGCUAUGGGCCACGAGCUGCCCUGGAUUUACUUCGUCAGCCUUGUCAUUUUUGGCUCCUUCUUCGUCCUCAACCUGGUGCUAGGGGUGCUGAGUGGCGAGUUCUCCAAGGAGCGUGAGAAGGCCAAGGCCCGCGGUGACUUCCAGAAGCUGCGGGAGAAGCAGCAGCUGGAGGAGGAUCUCCGGGGCUACAUGGACUGGAUCACACAGGCUGAGGACCUCGAAGCUGACGAAGAUGAUGGGGAGCAUGAGAAGCACCGGCUGACCGCUGAGGACCUCAUGGGGAAGCGGAAACCCCGGCUGAAGUGGCUCCGGCACACGAGCCACUCCACGGACACCCAUGCCAGCCUCCCUGGGAGCGAGACCACCUCGGUGAACACGGAGACCGUGGGGGACGAGGAGCUGCAACCGACUGCCUGCGACCGCUGCCUGGGCAAGAUCACGAAGACCAAGUUUUGGCGGCGGCUGCGGCGGCUGAACCGCCUGCUGCGGCGCCGGUGCCGGGGGGCAGUGAAGUCGGUGUCAUUCUACUGGAUGGUGCUGCUGCUGGUGUUCCUCAACACGCUCACCAUCGCCUCCGAGCACCACGGGCAGCCGCCCUGGCUCACCCAGACCCAAGCCUACGCCAACAAGGCGCUGCUGUCGCUCUUCGCCGCCGAGAUGGUGUUGAAGCUGUACGCGCUGGGGCCCAGCUGCUACUUCGCCAGCUUCUUCAACCGCUUCGACUGCUUCGUGGUGUGCGGUGGGGUGCUGGAGACGGCGCUGGUGGAGCGCGGGGCCAUGGAGCCGCUGGGCAUCUCUGUGCUGCGCUGCGUCCGCCUGCUCCGCGUCUUCAAGGUCACCAGGCACUGGGCCUCGCUGAGCAACCUGGUGGGCUCCCUCCUGAACUCCAUGAAGUCCAUUGCCUCGCUGCUGCUGCUGCUCUUCCUCUUCAUCAUCAUCUUUGCGCUUCUGGGCAUGCAGCUCUUCGGGGGCCGCUUCAGCUUUGACGAGACGCAGACCAAGCGCAGCACCUUCGACACCUUCCCCCAAGCCCUGCUCACUGUCUUCCAGAUCCUGACGGGAGAGGACUGGAAUGCGGUGAUGUACGACGGGAUUAUGGCCUACGGCGGCCCCGUCUUCCCUGGCAUGCUAGUCUGCGUCUACUUUGUCAUCCUCUUCAUCUGUGGCAACUACAUCCUCCUCAACGUUUUCCUGGCCAUCGCUGUUGACAACCUGGCUGACGGCGACAACAUCAACUCGGGUGCCGACAGCAAGAAGGACAAGGCUGGGGAGGUGGAGGCCGGUGCAGGGAGCCGGGAUGUGAGCGUGAAGCCUGAGGAAGAGGAGGAGGAGGAGGAGGAAGAGGAGGAGGAGGGGAGCGAAGAAGGCGAGGAGAACGGGGGGGAGCGGGACAGCCUGGGGGGGCCACGAACGGAGCCCCUGGAGGAGCCCCCCAAGCCCAAGGUGGUGCCAAUCCCUGAGGGCAGCGCCUUCUUCCUGCUGGGCAGCACCAACCCGCUGCGGGUGCGGUGCCACGCGCUCAUCCACCACCACGUCUUCACCAACCUCAUCCUCGUCUUCAUCAUCCUCAGCAGCGUCUCGCUGGCCGCCGAGGACCCCGUGCGGGCCCACUCGCCCCGCAACCAUAUCCUGGGCUAUUUUGACUACGCCUUCACCUCCAUCUUCACCGUGGAGAUCCUGCUCAAGAUGACGGCGUUCGGCGCCUUCCUGCACAAGGGCUCCUUCUGCCGCAACUGGUUCAACCUCCUUGACCUGCUGGUGGUCGGCGUCUCCCUCAUCUCCUUCGGCAUCCACUCCAGCGCCAUCUCGGUGGUGAAGAUCCUGCGGGUGCUGCGUGUGCUCCGGCCCCUGCGAGCCAUCAACCGUGCCAAGGGCCUCAAGCACGUGGUGCAGUGUGUCUUUGUGGCCAUCCGCACCAUCGGCAACAUCAUGAUCGUGACGACGCUGCUGCAGUUCAUGUUCGCCUGCAUCGGGGUCCAGCUCUUCAAGGGCAAGUUCUACAGCUGCACUGACGAGGCCAAGCACACGCCUGCGGAAUGCAAGGGCACUUUCAUCGUGUACAAGGACGGGGACGUGGCGCACCCCACGGUGCGCGAGCGCCUCUGGCACAACAGCGACUUCAACUUCGACAACGUGCUGGCUGGCAUGAUGGCGCUCUUCACCGUCUCCACCUUCGAGGGCUGGCCCGCGCUGCUCUACAAGGCCAUCGAUGCCAACGCAGAGGACCAAGGGCCCAUCUACAACUAUCGGGUUGAGAUCUCCAUCUUCUUCAUUGUUUACAUCAUCGUCAUUGCCUUCUUCAUGAUGAACAUCUUUGUGGGCUUCGUCAUCAUCACCUUCCGCGCCCAGGGUGAGAGCGAGUACAAGAACUGCGAGCUGGACAAGAACCAGCGGCAGUGCGUCGAGUACGCGCUGAAGGCGCAGCCACUGCGGCGCUACAUCCCCAAGAACCGGAGCCAGUACCGGGUGUGGGCCAUGGUGAACUCCACCGCCUUCGAGUACAUCAUGUUCGUCCUCAUCCUGCUCAACACCAUUGCCCUGGCCGUACAGCACUACGAGCAGUCAAAGCCAUUCAACUACGUCAUGGACCUGCUCAACAUGGUGUUCACGGGGCUGUUUACCGUUGAGAUGGUGCUCAAGAUCAUCGCCUUCAAGCCCAGGCACUACUUCUGCGACGCCUGGAACACCUUCGACGCCCUCAUCGUGGUGGGCAGUGUGGUGGACAUCGCCGUCACCGAGGUCAACAACGGGGGUCAUGUCGGUGAGAGCUCCGAGGACAGCUCCCGCAUCUCCAUCACCUUCUUCCGGCUCUUCCGGGUGAUGCGGCUGGUGAAGCUGCUGUCCAAGGGCGAGGGCAUCCGCACCCUGCUCUGGACCUUCGUCAAGUCUUUCCAGGCCCUGCCCUACGUCGCCCUCCUCAUCGCCAUGAUCUUCUUCAUCUACGCCGUCAUCGGCAUGCAGACCUUCGGCAAGGUGGCGCUGCAGGACGGCACCCAGAUCAACCGCAACAACAACUUCCAGACCUUCCCCCAGGCCGUGCUGCUGCUCUUCAGGUGCGCCACGGGGGAGGCCUGGCAGGAGAUCAUGCUGGCCAGCCUGCCGGGGAAGCGCUGCGACCCCGAGUCGGACGCCGGCCCCGGCGAGGAGUUCACCUGCGGCAGCAACUUCGCCAUCGUCUACUUCAUCAGCUUCUUCAUGCUCUGCGCCUUCCUGAUCAUCAACCUCUUCGUGGCUGUCAUCAUGGACAACUUCGACUACCUCACGCGGGACUGGUCCAUCCUCGGCCCCCACCACCUCGACGAGUUCAAGCGUGUCUGGUCCGAGUACGACCCCGCCGCCAGGGGCCGCAUCAAACACCUGGACGUGGUGACGCUGCUGCGGCGCAUCCAGCCGCCCCUGGGCUUCGGGAAGCUCUGCCCCCACCGCGUGGCCUGCAAGCGCCUGGUGGCCAUGAACAUGCCCCUCAACUCCGACGGGACCGUGACUUUCAACGCCACCCUCUUCGCCCUCGUCCGCACCUCCCUCAAGAUCAAGACUGAAGGGAACCUGGACCUGGCCAACAAGGAGCUCCGUGCCGUCAUCAAGAAAAUCUGGAAGAGGACGAAGCCCAAGCUGCUGGACGAGGUCAUCCCCCCUCCGGAGGAGGAGGAGGUCACCGUGGGGAAGUUCUACGCCACCUUCCUGAUCCAGGACUACUUCCGCAAGUUCCGGCGGCGGAAGGAGCGGGGGAUGCUGGGCCCCAGCGCCGGCCCCAGUAAUGAGCACGCCCUCCAGGCCGGGCUGCAGACCCUGCAGGCGCUGGGCCCCGAGAUGCGCCGGGCGCUGAGCUGCGACCUGGAGGGCGACGAUGGCCCCCCCGAGCCCAGCGACGAGCAGCUGACCUUCACGGCCCCCGAGACCCUGUACGGCUCCGCCCCCAGCCCCCCGCUCCGGGGGGAGCCCCCCUCCGCCGGCAGCCCUGUCCCCACAGAGGGAGAGGAGCCUGCGCCCCUGCCCCACGUGGCCAUGCACCGCCACAGCAGCAGGCGGCACUCGGACACAGGCCAUGAGCUCGGCGGGGGACUGGAGGAGCCGGGGCCCCCCGAGGACGGGGAGGAGCCGGGGGACGGCAGCCACGAGGACGACACAGGGGGCCUGGCCAGCCGCCACAGGCUUCUCAGGGCCAGCCCCACGCCCCCACCUGCCAGCUGGGCAGGGGCAGAGCCACGGACGGGGUCGCUGCCCCUCCCCCCCCGGCACUUCGCCCUCCUCAAUGGGGCCCUCGAGGGGCAACAGCUCAAGCGGCGACGCCUCCUGCCCCCCACGCCCACAGGCCGGAAGCCCUCCUUCGCCAUCCAGUGCCUGCGGCGCCAGGGCAGCUGCGAGGACGAGCCCAUCCCGGGGACCUACAACCCCUCGGGGCCGCCCGGCCCCACUCGGCCCCAGGGCUACGGCAGCUCCGAGACGUGGCGCCUGGGCGGCUCCUCACGCGCCUGGGCGGCAGCGGCGCCUGCCCACGGCCACCUGCUCUACGCACCCCUGAUCCUGGUGGAGGGGGGGCCAUCAGGGGCGGGUGGCAGCCUCCCCCCACUCUCACGCUGGUUCAUGGGGGACCACGCCCCCCCUGGGCCCCUCCGCCUGCGGCCGUGCGGCCCUGGGGACACGCUGGCCCGCGGCUCCGCCGACAGCCUCGUCGAGGCGGUGCUCAUCUCAGAGGGGCUGGGGCUCUUCGCACGGGACCCCAAGUUUGUGGCCGUGGCCAAGCGGGAGAUCGCCGAUGCCUGCGACAUGACCAUGGACGAGAUGGAGAGCGCCGCUGCUGACCUGCUGACGCGCCAACGCGCCUCGCCGGCCCCUGCCGGCCCUAUCUACAGUGAUGAGGAGCCACUGCGGCCGCUGGCAGAGGACGAGCUGGCCGAUGAGAUGGCCUGUGUCGGCGGGCCCUAACCCCCCCGCCCCAACCGCACCCCAAUAAAGCCCUGCAGCCAUUGGGAUGUGCCACCGAGCACGAUGUUGCUGGAGCCUGUGGAGGGGGAGUCACUGCCAUAGGGGAACCCUGGGGUGGAGGAAGAACCUUGGAGUGGGGCAGA